AGAGAGAGAGAGAGAGAGAGAGAGGGAGGGAGGGAGGGAGAGGAGAGAGACCAUAGAAGGAGAGACAUUGAAAGCAAUUGGUAGCCAAUUAAUCCAUGAAAUUUUUGCAGAAAACCCUAGAACUGAAAUCCGUCAAAUUGAAAAGAAAAUUUUUAACCCUAGCGUCGACUGUACCAAUUGGAUCCUCCAAUUCGGCCGGGUCAGCGAGAGAAUCAACUGAUAUUCUAAGUCGGUGAGUUGGUUUGCCCAUGUAAUUGUUGAAAAAAUUGUAGAAAUGAAAAUUCCCCAAUUUUGAAUGGAAACCCUAGGUUUAGCCCUAAUCAGGAGCUUUCUACGCUCUAAAUGUGGUGCCUUUUCGAUUCUCUGGACGCCUCGUCACUACUCUCUCUUCUUUUCUGGUGGUUGAGCAAUAGCACUGUCCCAGUAUUUUCAAGGAUCGUCACAGUUCAGUCGUUCAGAUUGUAGGUUUGAUUGAUGGGAGAAAGUAGAGAGAUUAGGAGACCGAGCCUGUCUGUGAGCUGAGAAUUUGGUAAUAUAUUAGGAGAGGAGAACUUUCAGAGAGAAAAACAGAGAGAUGGGUAGUCCGGACAAGGGGACAGGUAUAGUUGAUUGCAGUGUUGGGACAAUUGUUUGGGUUCGGAGACGCAAUGGCUCCUGGUGGCCAGGUAAAAUACUUGGUUCCGAAGAGCUAUCGGCUGCUCAUCUCAUGUCUCCACGAUCCGGAACUCCGGUCAAGCUUCUGGGAAGAGAAGAUGCCAGUGUGGAUUGGUACAAUUUGGAGAAGUCAAAGCGUGUGAAGGCAUUCCGAUGUGGUGAAUUUGAUGAAUGUAUUGAAAGGGCAGAAUCUUCUCAGGGUUUGCCCCCCAAGAAAAGAGAGAAAUAUGCACGCCGAGAAGAUGCUAUUCUUCAUGCUCUUGAACUUGAGAAGCAGAUGCUGGAGAAAAAAUAUGGUAAAUUAGGUUGUUCUUCAAACGGUAAAAGCAGUAUAUCACCUGAUGCUGUUGAUAAGGAGUUACUGGCACCUGCAGAAUGCUCAGGGUAUGGUAAUGGCGAUGGAAAACAUGUACACUCCAAGUCAAAUUGUAAGAAACUAGAUUUGUCGCUUGAGGAUAAGGUUGAUCAUUCUCUCUAUGCACAGCAAGUCAAAGAAGGUAGUAAGCUGGCAGGGGAUGAGGAUAACUCUGAAGUAGUACUUCGAAUGAGAGGCUUGCAGGACUUAGGUCUUAGGACUGGCCCUUCAAAACGAAAGCUUUCUUCUUCUAUCUCUUCAAGUGGCUGCUGGAAAUCUGAACUUGAUGAUGAUGUCCGUGCUCUUCCCAGUGGCGGUCUUAGCACAGAUGAUAUAAUUCAAGGCAACAGUAAAAAUUCUAUGGACAAAAAGAGGAAGUCACAUGAACCGCUGAGUGAUGAAUCUCUUGCGAGAAGACGGGAUAGACGCCGUCCUCUAGUCCAAGUACUGCAGAAUAGUGCAAAGUUGCCAGUUGAUCACUGCCUGCAGCAGGACAAUGCUGCUCCUUCUGUCCUGCCAGAGGAGCAGCAGAUGGGAGAUAAAUGCCAAGCAAGAAGUAGACAUGUUGGCUUGCCAAUUCAAUCUAGUGAUUGCUCUAAUGAUAAGCAAUUUGGUCUCAACAAGAUGUCUAUUUCACCUUCUCACAUUGAAGGGAGCAGUGCUUCUCAUCCUAAUGCUUUGGUUGCAGAGAACGCAUCUGGAUCAACAGAAAAUACUGAAACUGAUUCCCUGGGUUCAGAUGCAGAUGAAGAGACAGGGGCGCUUUCAGGCUCCUUACUCUCUCUGCAUUGUUGCUCAGAUGCUGAUGUAGUCACAGAAUUAGAACCAAAAUCUCUGGGAAGAUGCAGAGUAGAAGUCCAACAUGCAAGCAUGAAGAGUGAAGAGCCCGAUGAGGUGGCAGUCUCCAGUUACAUGUCUCCCCUUUCCCCCCAAGACCCUGUCUCCGUUAUGGGGGUAUCAAAGUGGCAACUGAAAGGGAAAAGGAACAACCGUGCUCUUACCAAAAGGUCAGUUGCUAAAACUGAUAGAAGGGUUUCAGGAGGUACUGUUUGUGGAGCAACUCCUGAAGAGAGGGAAAGUGACAGUUUUGAUGAGUCUGAUUUGAUUGAAAAGAACUUCAGUAGCCGAAGGGAUGCUUUUGACAACCGAGGGCACUUGUUAACCUCAAAAACCUCAUCUAAAGGUCUAGAUGAUACCACCCAUAACAUAAUUAAUUGGGAGGACUUGGCUUGGAAUGAUCAUCAGCCUGUUAUGAAAGGAUACUGGGAGGACUCGAGCAAUUACUUUGAUCCUGUAUUUAUAGGCCGUCGAAAUUUUGGUGGCAGGAUAAACUCGAUGUUGGUAGAUGUGGAUCUGAAGGUGCAAUCCAGCUAUCAAAGAGAGCAUGUUCCUAUGAUUUCCUUGAUGAGCAAGUUAAAUGGUCAGGCAAUAGUGGGGCAUCCAAUCCAAAUUGAAGCACUGGAAAAUGGUUCAUCUGAAAUUCUUCUUUCGGAUGCUAAUGAUAUUUGCCCUGAACCAUUAUAUAAUGAGAGGGCAGUUACUUCAAUGUGGAGAACUGCAAGGAGGACAGCCAAUUUUAGAAUCCCGCGCCCACAUCCACGGGCAACAUUAGAUGGUGAAGAAAUUAAAGACCAUGAUCAAGACAAAGGGCCAUUGAAGAAAUCAAAUGUGGGGGAUUUUGGUCACAAGACAAGUGUUAUGAGGAAGAGCCUCUCCCAUUCAUCUCAUCCUCCAUCAGACAGGAAACAUUCAAAAAAGCCACCAAAGAAGAUAAGUUUAUCUUCCAGCCAGAAGAUAAAAACUUUGUCUUCAAUAGGCAAAGAACAGAAGUUUGGUAAUAAUGAUUUAAAGCAUGGUAUUGGCACCAACAGCUAUCAGGUGGAUGGGUUGAUCAAAGGAGCGUCCGGCCCAACUACGGUAGCUUGUAUUCCUGUAAAACUCGUAUUCAGUAGGUUAUAUGAAGAGUUGGUUGGCCGCCAUCAAUAAAAGCUAGUCACGGCGGGGCCUAAUCUGGAGGGAAAUGCAUAAAGGUAUCAGCAGCAGUAGGUACCUGUAAAUUUAUUAUGGAGAUAUCAAUAAUCCUAUACUACUACUGCGUGUAUUUGUUGAUAGUUUUUUGUCCAAAAAAAAAAAAAAAAAAGGAAAGGUAGGAUUCUCCUUAAAUGGUUAUCAGCAUUGGGGGGAUUGAGAUUUGAGAUCCUGCAGACUGCCCUCCCUCAGCGAUCCGAUGUAGCCGGCCUGUUAACAGCAAACGAAGCCUUGCUUCGUGUUCUUCAUCCCCGGUCGAUGUCACAGUUGCUGUACUAGGGUCCUUGAGGAAGCAGACGGAUAUGAAUGUAGACUUAUCUUAAACCAGAAAGUAGGUUUCACCUGAACUAGAAGCUGUUGUCUGAAACUUAGAGAGAUGAAUGUACAUUGUAUUUUCUCACAACUGAUUGUCCAUCUGCCUUGGAUCUUGUUAACUCUUCUUUAUAGAAAAUAUAGUGGAAUCUAAGCCAAAUGAGGUUCAAUGUAAACCUGCUCUCUAGCUAGGUUUGGCAGUUGUUUGAUGCUUGCUUCUCUGCCGAGGCCCUGGGCUACCCUUUCUAAUUUCAGGUUGAAUGGUACUUGGUAAGCUUCCUAAUUUUAUAA